CUUCAGUUUAAACGGAAGUGAACAGUGACCAAGAACAAUUUCCACGUUAGCGUUUUUUGUUGUUAUUUAGACGUUAAUUAACAACAUGGGACGAACAAAUAUGACAAAUUUAGCUGCACAGCAUCACAUGUAGUUUUUAAUUCGCGUUGGAGACAAGACUUGGUUGAUAGAUGUUAUUUAGGUGACGCUGAACUAACAAUGGCUAACUGUAUGGUUUUUCACACUCAAAUAGCCUCCAUCAUGGAAGUGCUAGCAAAUUCAGCCGUGGCAGAGAUCUGUAAACUCGUAGACGACGACUAUGCAGUGUUUCGUUUGGAAAUUUCUCAAAGCCAGAAAGAAAACAGGGGAUUGCGUAGGAAACUACAGCUACUUGAACUGAAGGUAGCAAGGGAGCGCGCAGACAGGACAAUGCGAGAUCGCAUCCUCGCUAGUCGUCCCAGUAAUGUCAAGAUCCUAGACCGAUACAGAGGAAUGGAAAAAGGUGAAGGAGAUCUCACUGGAGGCCACAGGAGCUUUGUGAAGGCAGCAGGACAAAAUACAUGGAGAGAUGACCAACCAAUCACUGUUGAUGAGGGGAGCGGAACCUCGACCCAGCACGUUAUCGUGAUAGAGGCUGCAGAUGCAGAGGCUGCAGGUCCUGGGGUCAAGCAGGAGAGGUCUGAAGGACAGGAGGACCCACGUCACAGCAGAAACAUCCAGGUGGAAGCAGCGGCUGAAGUGGUUCCCCCUGUAGCCAUGGAGGACCCCACCACCGCUCCAGUGCAGCCCAGGAUCAGACACAGCAUCACGGAGGAGGAGGAGGGUCCAGAGGUGCUCCUGGUGAAGGAGGAGGGGUGUGAGGAGGGUCUGGGGAACCCUAAGUGGACCAUGGUCAUGGAGGACAACCAGACUACACCUGAACCAACUGAGGAACCAGCUGUGCAGCACAGGACCGCACACAGUCUCACUGAGUCAGUAGACAUGGAGGAUGGGAAGCCUGAUCUGUUGAUAGUCAAAGAGGAGACAAUAGAAGAUGGACCAGAUAGCAUUGAUCUGCUGAGUGGACUAAAGAUGGGGGAGCAAGGUGAUUGGCUGGAGGCAAACAGAGGAGACUGGGCGGUCAUCUUGGAUUCCCAGACCCAGACUGGUGCAGCCAAGGGCCCAGGGGACGACAUCACUGAGCAGGCCAGGACCAGAGGUGACAUAGUGGAGGUCAGUGGAUGGGCCAGCGUCCUCAACUCUGGACUGGGGAACAACACUGUUAACCACAACCAGAAACAGACUGACAAACACAAAACAACAACCGAACUUAGUCUCCAUGACAACAGACUAGCUGAGACCAGGGUGAGGUGUAGAUUUAGUCUGCUGGGACAGGGAGGUGUCCGUACGCAAUGAAAGAGAACAGAUACAGACUGGGCUAGAAAUGUGCCGUCCUGCUUCUAUAGUUGUGAUUCAGAGAGACUGAAGGCGCCUCAGGUUAACCCCCUAACAGGUGCUGCCUUCAGCCUGCCUUCUAUAGGAUCUAUCAACUGGAACAUGGACCCUGCGACAACACAGACACUCCCUGGUCUUUGUCCUCCUCACACUCCCCUAAUGUUAAACCAGACCUCAGACAAAGCCAGUGCCUCAACACUAAAUGGCUACACAAGCCCAUUGACAAAUGACAGUAGUAGUAACGCCAUCAGUAGAUCUAGCAAUAGUAAAGAGAAACGGUUCCUCUGCAUGUUCUGUAACAAAGGCUUCAGCUGCCCCCAGAAGGUGGAGAUCCACCAGAGGGUCCAUACAGGGGAGAAGCCCUUCAGCUGUACCAAGUGUCACAUGCGCUUCACCGAGGCUGGCAACUUGAAGAGGCACCAGAGGGUCCACACGGGGGAAAAACCCUUCAGCUGUACCCAGUGUCACAUGCGCUUCGCCCAGGCUGGAGACCUGAAGAGGCACCAGAGGGUCCACACAGGGGAGAAACCCUACAGCUGCCCCCAGUGUGAGAAGAGGUUCUCCCAACAGCAGCAGCUGAAGAUGCACCUGAAGGUCCACGUGUGAGAAAGGCCUUUCACCUGUACGCACUGCGGGAAGAGGUUCUCAGAGAGGAGCUACCUCAGGAUACACCAGCAGAAAAAACAUUCUACUCCAUAACUUAGAAAGUAACCAUUCCGCUCAAUAGCUUAUGAUGUUUAGAUCAAAACCUGCAUUAGACUCAGUGAGAAAGUAGAUGCACAAAGUAAACAGCAGGAGUGGGUCAAUUUCUACAACUGUGUUGAAGUGCAAGUCCCAUUGUGGAAUACAUAAGGCAUAUACUGUAUGAGCCUAAAGUCUGUUACAUAUUGUGUUUGUACUGUGUACGCUAUACGUUCACAAAUGCCUGUUUCAUACUACUUUAAUGAGAAAGUGAAUGCAGUUGAUCAAGUUCAGGCAGAUUUUUAGUUGAGUUGAGACCUGUAUGUGUGGUUUUCAUAUGGUGUAUUUAACACUUUUUUUAUGUUUAAUAAACACAAAACAAUUUUUUA